AUGAGUAUCGUCAGGUAUUUUACCAAACCAUCGGCACCCGAGUCACCAUCGUCGGCAAACAACAAAAGACGCUUAGAUCAGACUGUAGAUAAGGUCGACAAGAGGUCAAAAAACCAACGCUAUGAUGAUUCAAAGUGCCAACGAAAGUUUUUGCCUAAAUGGAUCGAUCAGUGGCCAUGGCUACAACACAGGCAAGAUAAAAUAUUUUGUCAAGUUUGUUUGAAAUAUCCUAGUAUUGCAAAACCGUCGGGUAAGCGAAAUGCUUUUUUUGAUGGUUGCGAUAUUUUUCGCGUAGAAUCAAUACGAUCACAUGAAAGCAGCCGCCCACACUUGGAGUGCUUUGCGUAUUUUUGUAGAGACGACGUCACACAGGUCAUCGGAAGUCCCAACGAGUUGUCAUCUCCAAAUAUAAAUGCGACACCUAUCGGGCUUGCUAUGCGUAAAUUGAAUGACGACCAGCUACGACGAUACAGCAACCUUUUUAGCACAGUGUUUAUGCUUGCCAAGUAUGGGAAACCGAUGUCAGACAUGCCGAUGCAAUGUGCCCUGUUGAGGAAAGUCGGCGCAGAGAUCGGCGAUAACUACCAGAACGACAAAUCUGCUAGUGCUUUCCUAACACAUAUCGCCGCUGUCAUCAAGAAAAACAACAUCCACGAAAUUCAAGAUGCAGCUUUCUUGUCAGUAUUAGCUGACGGCAGUGCCGAUGUCAGCAUAAUCGAACAAGAAAAUAUUUUUGUUCGUUACGUUUCUAAGGGCGUACCAGUAACGACGAUGGUAAGCAUUGAAGCGCCGGCCCAUUCCCAUGCACUUGGUGUGUACGAAGCGAUCAAAGACGGCCUGAACUCUGUCAAUCUCAACAUGGAAAAUAUGACUUCGCGUGACAAGCCUGGACCUAAAUUAGUCUGUGCUAAUUUUGAUGGCGCAUCCGUCAUGCAAGGACGGAAGUCGGGAGUUGUUGCCCAUAUAUUGGAGGAGGCACCCUACGUUAUACCAGUGCACUGUAUAUUGCUCACAAGUUAG